ACAUUCAAGGGAAAACAGCUCCCUUGUUCCCCAUUUCCUCGCCUGUGAAACGGGGGCGUUGACAGCAACUGCUCUCACGGCGGUGGAAACUUUUUACCCGCGCACAGUAGGAGCUUGGGAAAUGCUGGGCUCCUUUCACCACCCCCAUCCGUGCAGCCACAGAAGCAGCACACCCAGCCCGGUUCCGAAUCCUAUCGCACAUCCUUCGUCCACUGGGGCCAGUUUCCUACUCCGUCUGGGCCGCAGUCGUCUGCAAAACGGGCCUCAUAAAAGGCCUUCACGAUAGAAGGUGACAGCGACGCAAAGGCAGCCGGCGCCCGACGCGCAGAGGUGCAGGCGUGGCUGGGGCAAGGAUGCCGCUGAGACCCGGCUCAGAGCGCGCAGGCCCUUCCCCUCCCCAGCCCCCAGGCCUGCGCCAGCUGCACCCGGGGUCUGCGGCGGGCCUCCCUUCUCCCCCGCACUCCCCCGGGCGGUGCAGAUUUUCCUGCAGCUCCCGCCCAAAGUGCCGCGGCGACGCCCCGCGAGGCAGGUCCGGGCGGCGCGCCGGGCGCUUUCAAGUCCCGGGUCCCGGACUUGCAAGUGCGGACCUGCGCCCGGUGCGGCGGCGGCGGGAACAUCUGCCCUCGUGCGCCGACUCGCCGCGCCCCGAGGGGGGCUGGACCGGUCCCGGCCCGCUUUCGCUGCACCGGCCCCCUCGCCCACUCCCAGGGUCCCCUUUCCACCACCCCCCUCCCCUCCCCAAGCUGUUCCCAGGGCUGGGCCUCAAAGGCGCAGCUACCUCCCACGAGGCCUCUCAAUCUCAGUCCCUUUCCACCCACACGACCCAGAGCUGCGGCAAGAAGAAUCUUGUUCCGUCAUUGUCUUCACGGUGGCAUUCCCGAGUUCAGGAAUCCUCCGGGCUCCCUGAUGGAGCAGGGGGACACCCCCCACCCAGCGACACCUGGUCCCGGGAGGACACACCCUCCCCAUCCCACCUGGCGCUCACCCUCUCUUCCCCAUGUGGGCCCUUCCCACUUCCAACGCCUCCUCCUCUGGCACAUCCUCUAACUCGUGCCCUUGCAGGCGCAGGCCCGACACGUGGAAGGAGAAUUAAAUGAGAAGAUGCAGGUGAACCCGUCAGCACAGGGUAAAGCACGCAAUGCAGCACCCAAUCUAUGUGAGGCGAGACCCCAGCAUCCCCACCUACGGACUCCGGCAGUCUAUCUUACUGAACAGCAGGCUUCAGGACUGCUAUGUGGAUUCCCCAGCUCUCACCAACAUCUGGACGCCCAGGACAUGCGCAAAGCGGACCAUCAGUGCCCCAGCACCAGGUACCACCUCUUCCUGGGAAGUUGUCAAGAAUCCGUUCAUUACCAGUUCGCUCUCCCUGGUUAAGCUGGUGCUCAGGCGACGACGACUGAAGGAUCAGUGCUGCCCGGUACCAUGCAAGUUUGGGGAAGCAAAACCCUCGAAGCUACUAGAGCCCAAGGACGAUUCAGCAAUGAAAGCCACUCGGCGGGGCAGGAUGAGGAGCUCCGUCAGCUCCCAGAGCAAGCAGCCCCUAGGACAGCAGCCGGGCUCACCGAGGCGCAGGAGGCCUGCAGGAAGCCACAACGAGAGUAAAGAAAGUUCAAAGGAGGAAAAAGUAACAGUCAGCCAAGAUCUUGAGAGCAGAUAUGCCGACCAUGUGGCCGCCACCCAAGCGCUACGCAGGGACGCGGGGACAGCAGCCUGGAAGGCCCAGGCGUUGCUUCCUGAAGCCAGGAAGAGACAACAGUUGUCAGACAUGCUAACCAUCCACGGCCUCCCCACAGAGGGUUACCGGGCUCUGUACCAUGCUGUGGUCGAGCCGAUGCUGUGGAACCCUUCGGGGACCCCCAAGAGGUACAGCUUGGAGCUGGGCAAGGCCAUCAAACAGAAGCUCUGGGAGGCUCUGUGCAGCCAGGCCGCCACCCCUGAAGGUGCUCAGAGGGACUCGUUGCCCGUCAGGACGUGGCUGGAGGUCGACAAGGAGCCUGUGCCCAAGAAGUGGCCCAGGUUAAAGAGGGAGAAAUAGAAACAGGAUCGCACAGAUGAGGCUGUUCUCUGCUAGAUGUCUAAACAAUAAACACCGCUUUGCACCUUUCCGGUCAUCUCCGAGUGCGCCACAAGUUAGUAACCACCCUCCCCGGGAAACCUGACAAAUGGGUACAAGAUUCACUUCCCCUCCACUCUCAUGAGCAGGUCAUUUUGAGGGCUAGGUGCUUGGGGCUUUUUUCCCUCCAAGCCCCUUUCUCUUGGGGUUUGAGGGUCUCUGUCUUCCAGGUAGGAAAGAUCCUGGCAGAGAAACCCGAUGGUCUACUGGUAGAUCCAGCCUAUGUUCCCAACUUUUAAAAAGAGGACUGCUAGGAUUGACCAUCAUGUCCCUCCCUCUCGCCCUCCACCGGGAAGAGCAGAAAAACUACCAUCACCUCAAGGACAUACAUAAUCCCGUGAUGCCACCGAAAUCCCCAAUAACCUGAACGCUAUGUUAACCAAAGAGGAAAUGAUAUGGAUGCUCCCACGAGUGAGCUGAAGUUAAAGGCACUGCUUCGGCUCUCGCCGGUUUGGCCCAGUGGAUAGAGCAUUGGCCUGCGGGCCAAAGGGUCCUGGGUUCGAUUCUGGUCAAGGGCACGUACCUUGGUUGCAGACUCUUCCCUGGCCCGGUUGGGGCUCCUGUAGGAAGCAACCAAUCGAUGCGAGUCACAUAGCUGUUUCUGUCUUUCCCUCUCUCUUCUACUCUCCCUAAAAAUAUCCUCGGGUGAGGAUUAACAAAAAAACAAACAAAAACCAUCAAAAAAGGCACUGCUUCAUUCCACCUCUCCUUUGUGGAAUGUGUAGACCUUUACCCAACAGAGCGAUGACAACGUAGAACAUGUACUUGAUAA